AUGGCGCCCUCCAUCGUCCUCCUCAUUCUCUUGCCGCUCUUUGGUCUCCAGAUGAUGCUGGUUGCCAAGCCAACGCCGCGGUGCCGUCCUCUGACAGGAAGAGUGGUUACGGGAGCCCACCAUCUACUCAAAGCCAUGGGACCCGAAUUUCCUCUCCACUGCCGGCCGGUCAACGCCAAUAUCUCCUUUCCGGACUCCACCCUCCCCACCACUGCAGCCAAUCGAUCUCAGUGUCCCCGAGUACUGUGGGUCGUCUACAAGUCACUCGAAGGCAUGUGGCUGACGUACGAGGAACACGAGCUACCCGUGGGAGAUGGCGGAGUCCACUGGGACGAGAAGAAACUCGAAGAAUUCUUCACCCUGCAGGACCGUCUGCAGGAUGAGGGUCGCUGUCUGCCCUCGGACGUGGAAGCAUCAGGUCUCCUGUCGUCGUACUUCAGUAACGUCACAGCAGUCAUUGGGCAGCAGGACAGUGCAGCGUGUGGUUGGGAGGCUCUGAGGAGAGAUGUGAUCUGGGUCCUAAAGUCCACCCAGCAGAUACACAGGUCCUGCUUCAACUGGAGCCACGCCCAAUGA